GCAGCCAACCUGCGAACUAAAUAGGAUCGAUGUGCAUCCGACUUCCGACAGUAAACCAGCAGAAGUAUAAGACAUGGCGGCAUCGCGGAUGGUUCGUAUUGCCUUGGGCAGGCAAUUUUCCAGUCAAAUACCCUCGAAUGCAGCUGUAUCAGGGCACGGGCCGGAGGCUAUUAAGUUCUGGAAGAAUCUUUCUUAUUUUGUCGCUUUCCCUGCCAUAAUUCUCUGCACGGUGAAUACCUAUCUGGUGCACGAAGAGGAACACAAGCAACCGCGGCCUGAAUUUAUUCCAUAUGACCACUUGCGUAUCCGUACCAAGAGUUUUCCAUGGGGUGAUGGCCAGCAUACUCUAUUCCACAGUCCGGAGUACAACGCACUUCCAACUGGUUAUGAGACUGAAGACCCUCACCACCACUAAAUUAUGGCAUUAUGUCAACCAAAACAUAAGUCUCUAUUAAAGAUAGCUAAUUAAAGAUAGUGUACUAGGUACAGACCAUCGUGGUGUGUAAUUGUAACCUGAUGUAAGGUGAAUCACUACAAUAAAACAGGUCAAAAAGUUUGUCACUA